AUGUACGCCCUUGCCCUGCCACUCCUCGUUGCCAACGCUGGGCUCGUCUCCGCCAUCAUCCCGGUCCCGGUCCCAGCCCCAGCGCCAUUCGUCUAUGGUGGCGGCGCCCCCGCGCGCAUUAUUCCGUCUGUCGCGGCCCAGGUCGCGGCCGUUUCCGGUAGCGUGCUCGACAUGCCCGUCGCACCCUCUGGCGCUGUCCCAAGCUCCGCCCUGGUCCCGAGCAAAGACGCCAGCGCUGCUGUCCCCGCGCCAAGCGGGACCCUGUCCCCCUGUGUCACAAGCUGCCUCAACGCUGCGGCUGUGUCGAGCUCAUGUGGAACCUUCACGAACUACGCGUGCACGUGUACGAACCCCAGCUUCCAAAUGUCCUCCAUGACCUGUGUGCAAAACGAGUGCACUGCGGCAGAGGCCCUUGCUGCCGCCGCCGUCCAACAAGCCGCGUGCGCCGUGGCCCCCAUUGUUUCAUCAGUUGCCAGCGGUGCGAGCGUGGCGCCCAUAGUUUCCGCGAGCGCCAGUCUCGCGGUUAGCAGCCCCGCCAGUGUCGCCGCCAGCGCCGGUAUCAACUCACCCAACACCGGGGCCGGCUCGAGCUCGUCCUCGCAGCCGUCGGCCGGUGAGCGCCUCGCCGCGCCGGUCGCGCAGUUCGUCGUGGGGGCCGUCACGGGCAUGGCCGCGCUGCGCAUGUUCUUGUAG